AAAAAAGACCAUCGUGAACCAAAAUGGGCAUGCGCCGAAUUCCACUUCGAAGCUGUAUAUAUAUGUCACCGUUUCGCGCCGAUGAGGUGCGCGCAGCUCUCGCCUCCAGACAUUUCGCGGACAACCAUUGAGCGGUUCCCAAGGAGCAACAAGUGUCGGUCGACUCGACAGCCAACAACCAUGAGCCAGCAGCAGGACACGUCCUCCCCGUUCGUCAUCACCACCGUCCUGGGCACGAGGACGUUUGACCUGGAAUCCAUCCAGCGUGGCGGAGAAGCAGCCGCUCCCGCGAGCGACGGUGAGCUGGCCUGGCCGUAUAUACCGUACGACUAUGAGCCCCCGUCGGCCGCGCACGAAGACGCCGUCAGACAAGUUGCGUACAUUGGCCUGCUGCUCAAGACCCACGCGCCACUCCACGAGCAAGAUGACCCAGAGCUCCUCUCCCUGCUGCUCCGCUCGCUCGAGACACGCCGCGACCUCACCCGGCGCGUGCUGCAAUACACCGUCGUCGAGCGCGGACUCAAGGCCUUGUCCAAAAAGUGCGGCGACGUUCCAGCCGCCCAGGAGUUUGACCUCGCGGCGCGGGCCCAGGCGUUGACGCGCCACUGGUAUGACCGCGACAGGAGCGACGACCCGAACAAGAAGGAUGCCACGGGCGACAUUCCCUACGCGCCGCUGAUCAAGACGCCCUCGACCGCUGCCAUUGACAAGCCCGACGACGACGACGGGACGCUGCGCCUUAGCGAGAGCGCCCAGUCCGACGCCGACGCCAUCUUCAAGGCCAUCAAGAUGGAGCGCGAGCACGCCUGCUCGUAUUUCCGGCUGCACCGCCCCAAGCCCAUGGCCUGGCACCCGCAGACGGCGAGCGCGUGGGAAAAGGUCGAUCGCGAGGCGGCGGCGACGGGCAGCAUGUACCACCUGCCCGACUUUAUCCCCAUCUACAUGGGCUUCGGCCUACAGUCGAUGGACGUGCCGUUUACGUGGCGGAACCCGGACUGGGACGAGGCCCGGGUGGAGGAGUAUGCGGCGGCGAAGGAGUUUAAGCGCCAGUUUGAGAGCACCACGGGCUCGUACCCUCUGCGGAGCGAGGAUAUUCUUCAAUCCUCGUAGCCUCAUAUGAGACGCUUUGAAUAGUCGGCCCCGAGCCGAUUCUAUAUCACGGAAUCAGUCAAUCAACCUGUGCAGGAGUCAAGCCGACACCGCGUGAAUGGACUCUUCAGGCAGACUGCGCAUGUCACCAAGCCCUUGACAACAUUGAAUUCACGACAACGGAACCCAACACUGCCCACAUCCUCAAUUCUUGCCCCCUUAUUAUUGUAGCACGCAACAUGGUUCGCAUCGCAUCUCACGUCGCCAGCUCCCCCUGCUUCCGCGCAAGUAUCCACUGAAACGGAAUCACCCGCCCGUCCUCCUCCUCCUCGAUAAUCGUAUUCCGCACGACAUCGAACCCCGCCUCCGCCACCAUGCGCGCGUUGGCCUCGGGACCGCACUGGCUCCA